UUGCUUUAGACACUUGAUAACAAUAUAUCAUUACCAUGAUGCAACAACUGGAUGCAUCCAAGUCACUCACUCUCCUUCCCCUUCCUCCUCUCCCCUGCAGCUGCUUAUCCAGAUGAGGUGGGGGCUGGAGUCCCCGUGACUAGCGAGGAAUUGGCCUCUCUGCUAUACAAGCCCCAGGAAGGAGAAUGGGGCUCCCAUUCCCGAGAUGAAGAAUGCGUGCGAGUUCUCCGAGGCAUCGAUCAGCUUCUUUCUCUAGAGAUUUCUAAUCCCUUUGCAGUUCCAGUCGACCUAUCGGCCUAUCCUCUGUAUUGCACUGUGGUUGCUUAUCCAACUGAUCUCACCACAAUAAGGAGAAGACUUGAAAACAGAUUUUACAGGAGAAUAUCAGCAUUAAUGUGGGAGGUACGAUACAUUGAACAUAACGCAAGGACUUUCAAUGAGCCCGAAAGCCCUAUUGUCAAAGCAGCCAAAAUCGUCACCGAUGUUUUACUGCACUACAUUGGGGAUCAGAGUUGUACAGAUAUUCUGGAGAUCUACAACAAAGUGAAAGCAGAAGACUUGAGUAGCACAGAGGAAGAAGAGCAGGUGGCAGAAGUGUCUCCUGAUUCAGAGGGCCCAGGAACCUCCUCUGGAAAACGAGUAGUCAAACGGCAAAUGAAAAGGCAACCCUCGAAAGGAUGUGUUGAUUCCUGGAAAAACCACUGCAAGCAAUUGUUAAGUCUGAUCUAUGAGCGGGAAGACUCUGAGCCAUUCCGACAACCCGUUGAUCUCUUUUCUUACCCUGUAAGUUUUGCUUUUUUUUCUGAGUUUGGGAGGGCGGGUAAAACAACUGCCUGAGAAGGUGCAAUUUUGUCUCUGAGGCUCUUUUCACCCAGAGUUCGGCCUUUCCAGCCACUAACACAGGGUGGAAAAAGCAUCUGGCACAUUUCUGGGCUCAAAAGUACAUUUUGGAGUAAGAAUGUUCCAUGAGAUUCAGGGGAAGUAAGUUUUAAUAUCCUUCCUUUGACAUCCGGGAUGAAAAAUGUGGGGCAGAGUCUCUCCUUAGUCAGACCAGCUAAAUCAAUUGAUAUUGGGUUAAUAAGCAUAUCCUUCAGAUCGCUUUGUUAGAUUUUGAAGCUUUCACAGGUGUUUUGUUGGGCAUUCUACUGGAAAAAUACGAUAAAAAGACUCACCUGUUUUCCCCAAAAUAAGACCUCCCCAGAUAAAAAACC